AUGGCCAGUAUGGCCACAGCCCAAACCGAACUUAUCAACUCCUUGAGCCAAGAUGAAAUUCCCAUCAAACUUCGUUGUGCCAUUUGUAGCAAGCUUGCUAUCAAUGCCUUUCGUCUUCCUUGCUGUGAUCAGGCUAUCUGUGAGAUAUGCCAAUCGAGGCUGCCAACCUCUUGUCCCGUAUGUGAACAUAAUCCGGUAGCAGCGACCGAUUGUAAGCCAAAUAAGUCUCUUCGGAUUACAAUAAAAGUUUUUUUGAGGACCGAGGAAAAGAAGCGAGAGGCACUGCGUGCUAAAGAGCAAAAAAACACGCCCCCUCAUACACCAGUUCAGCCUGAGAUUACUGCCACUGAUGUUACAACCUCCAUCAAGGAAGAAAAUGAAAAUGAAAAUUCUGAAGAGCCUGACGACAAGCCUCCGGCCAGAGAGCCUAAGUUAUCGGCCCAGGCCUCAGAGGUAGUAAUUAGUGCUGUAGAAAGCCAAGAGUUAACCAGAUCUCUUGAUAUCCCUCAGCAAUCAAUUGAGGUAGCUCCUGGCCAAGCAUUCAUCUCUGAUCCAGAAGUACAAAAAGAAAUUUCAGUCACCACUGCGGAUAAUGAACAGGAGGCCAACAAAGUGGGAAUUAGCAAGUCGGAUGCCCCAGCCUUAGCUUCAGGAUUUAUGUACGAUCCAAACAAUGCAGCUGGAUUUUCUGGUAUAGGGUUUGGCGGUGAUUUCACUCAGAUGCAGAUGAUGAUGGCUAUGCAGAAUGGCUUAGCCCCAGGAACUUUUGGGAACUUUCCAAUGAUGAAUAUGCCUGGUAUGACUAUGGAUCCUAUGGCUGCGCAAAAUAUGUUCAUGAAUAAUGGUUACGGUGUGGGCUUGAAUAUGGGAAUGGGGUUAGGAGGCUUCGAUGGCGGAGUUGGAGUAGGGCUUAAUGGAUGGAACGGACAACAAUCAUGGAAUAUCGGUCAAGAUAAUUACAAUCAAAAUGCAGCCAGCAUGAGUCACGGUGACUAUGGAGCAAAUAAUUCGGGCUAUGUGCCUCACCCCCCUGGAUAUAACCAAGGUAAUUACGCUCGCCCAGGUCAGUUCAAUGAUUAUAACAGUUACGGCUCUUAUGGAUUUCGUGGUCGUGGUAGAGGCAGAGCUGGAUACGGUCGGGCUGAUGCUUCAUUAUAUGGAGGACAUGAUAAGCACCAGUUUCCCCAGCAGACUGUGUCCGGGCAACAUAAUCAAGGCCUUGUUAGUGAUGGAGGAGCUGGCUCUAAGGGUCCCAAGGCAGAUGUUGUUGCGAAUGAAAAUGUUGAUGAAUUUGGAAGAGAUAUUCGCCCGGCCUCUGAGUCACAAGGCGAAACAAACAAAGAAACUGUGGAUAAUGAAUCUUUGCCAGUGCCCUCUCAUGAGAUAAGCAAAGGCCAAACAGGAGAUAGAGCGACUGAUGAUACUAAAGGCGAUAAAAAUGGGACGGAAGGUAGAGGGGCCUCUGCUGUCCCGAUACAGACCCUGGAAACUGUAAAUUUGCAGAGCAACAACGGCUACAACGAACAUGGCUUAAAUCGAGCGGGCUAUUAUCAUGGAGGUAGAGGCGGAGCCAUUUCAAUACAGCCUACUACUGUGAAACCCGUCGAUGUGCCAAUCAAUGCCCCUACUGGCCCCAAGGCUAUGCGCGAAGGUCUCCCUAACACUAGCCUUUCUCACUUACGCUGCAGGGCAUAUCCAGUUUUAACUUCUGUAGCAUCAUCUGGAGCUAAUGUUAGUGGUAACGGAAGUACUAAUGCUCCUGCCAUUGUGGAGAAAAAUUCCCGAGGUAGGAGCAGGUCCGCCACUAAAGAUCGAAAAGAUAAGUCGCGUGACCGGAGGAGUAAAAGCCGGGAAAGACGGCACCGUAAUAGGCGACAUCGAUCAACAUCUCUAACUGAAGAUGAGCGUGAAACUGAACGACGUCGAGAACGACGAAGAGAGCGCCGCCGUCGUCGACAAGAGGAAGAAGUAGAUGCAGAAGAUUCGAUGGAAAAAGAUGAAGAAGCUAAAUUAGUAGUAGCAAAAGAGCGAUCUCGUUCCAUCUCACCCACGAUAGUGAAGCACUCAAGCCACCGAAGCCGCAAAGAUGAUCAUCGUGACGGAGGCAAAGAACGUAAGCGAGAAAGAGAUAGCGAUCGAGAUCAUGGUUCCUCUCAUCGUCGUCGUUCUCGUCGUCGGUCUCAUCGAGGUGACAGGGAGCGCUCGCGAAGUCGUGAGCACCGACAUAGACACGGAUGGUACCACUCUGAAGCCUCCGAGGAAAAAAAUACCAAGACAGCCGGUGAAUCUUUCCGAUCAUCAGCCGAACCAGAGCCCUCACCCUGUCGGCCAUCAGCUUUUUCUAACCUAGAAAUCAAGGGCGCAAGCAGUCGCAACAACAACGGUAAUAGUAGCAACAAAAUUGAGGAAGCUAGUAUCCCCACAGGCCCCCGGGAACGUACGCGGGAUCGUUCGAAAGAGAAGACAAAUUCCACUCGUCGCGAACACGAUCGUCGAUCUAGCCACCAUGAAUCCUCUCGAGGCUCCCGCUACCGCGACAAGAAUAAAGAGGUCAGCAAGACCUCAGUCCCCGUCAUACCAGUAGUCCGUGACCCCCAUGAGCUUGAGCGGGAGGCUAGGAACCGGGAGAGAUUACUGAAAGAAGCGCAGCGUAUAGCUGGACUCUCCGGCGGGCUUUCGAGUCGCAAGAGGAUAAGCGACGAUGUAAAACAUGAUGACAGCAAAUGGAAAGGGAGAAGUAAGAAGUUACGCGGCGGUGCUAUCAGUGGCGAAGAUGAAGAAAUUAGGCUGGCGAGAAUGGAAGCCGAAAGGGAGGGAGCACGAUGGGCAUAG